CCCAGUAACAUACCGAAUCUUCUGGUUCGUGUUUCUCUCGGUCUUUUCUUAUUCUCGAAGUUUUUCUCCACAGCAAACACUUCAAAAGGGAGAUCUCAAGUUUGAAUUUGCUUCGUAAACGACUACAAGAACAGGAAAAGAAAAAAAAAAAACUGAAUUAGCGUUCUGGGUCUGCAAUGUCUUCUCCUGCUGAGUUUUAUAAAUCUCUUCCACCCAUAACCAAGACUUAUGGGACCUUGUGUCUGUUGAUGACCACGGCAUACCAGAUUGGACUAUUUAAGCCUCUACAUAUUGCAUUAAUAUAUAAACCAGUAUUCUCACAUUUUCAGGUGUGGAGGCUGAUCACAAACUUCUUUUUCCUUGGCAAUUUCUCUAUCAAUUUUGGAAUCCGCCUUUUGAUGAUAGCUAGAUAUGGAGUUCAGCUUGAGAAGGGACCAUUUGAUAGACGGACAGCAGAUUUCUUGUGGAUGAUGUUAUUUGGAGCUUUUUCACUAUUGGCGUUAGCAGCCAUCCCCUUUCUUUAUACCCCUUUCUUGGGAAUAUCACUUGUGUUCAUGCUUGUCUAUGUCUGGAGUAGAGAAUUUCCAAAUGCCCAAAUCAACAUAUAUGGCCUUGUGUCUCUUAAGGCAUUUUAUCUACCAUGGGCGAUGCUUGCUUUGGAUGUCAUUUUUGGUUCAUCAAUUUUGCCAGAUCUGCUGGGAAUCAUUGCAGGGCAUCUGUAUUACUUCUUGACAGUAUUGCAUCCACUUGCUGGUGGGAAAAUCAUAUUGAAGACUCCAAAGUGGGUACAUAAACUAGUUGCAAGGUGGCGGAUAGGAGCUCAGCCAAUUACUCGUGCCCAGCCAGAAAGCACUACUGGCGCGGCUUUCAGAGGGAGGUCCUAUCGACUUAGUGAUUAGUUCUCUUUUGCCAAGGGACCAGAGCAUUUCUUCCUAUGACUUCAAAUUCUCUUACUUUUUUCCUUGGAAGGACACACUUAACAAGUGGGGCUUUCAGCAAAAGAGGCGUGACAAUAGCAGUUUGGGCAAAUGUUGUUCUGUGAAUUUCAGGAGAUUUGUUUUGUAGAACACAAAAGGAAAUAUGCCAAUUAAUAGUUUGUUCAUCACGUUUGGACCUAAUGCAAUUUUUGAAUUUCAUUUUCA